AUGUUGUCUCAUGUAGUGGAAUUUAGUUGUCAAUACUCAGAACAGGUUAGAAAGAAGCAAAAAGUUUGGCAUGAUGGGAAAUUGAAACAUUAUCAAAUUAAUAACCGCUUCCUUUUGUAUACUGAUGAUGGUGUACUAUUGAGUAGUAUCUUUGUGACUAAUACAAAAGAAUUGAAAGUAUACGUAGACGAGGAGAAUUUUGGAACUAUGGAACAUAAUAUUUUUGGAAGAUUUGUUGUGAUUAUUGAAGAAAUUAUUGCAGAAUACGAUAGGGAAAUUAGUCAUAUUAAGACGACUACCACAACAACCGCUGUUACAUCCACUAAUGUCAAUUCAACUGGGAUAAAUAAUCAGGAGAAAGAUAAUCAAGAUUUAAAUAACGGAAACUUUAUCACUCGUAAUAAAAGUAUCAAUAAUGCAGAAUAUUACUCAAAUAAAAUUGUUUUGAAGGCAGUUACAAAAAAUACUAUAGUAAAAAAAGUUGAAACUUCAUCUCCUUUACCUACACCUUUUUCUAUUGCACCUAACGUCUUUCCAAAGAAAAUAUCAAUGAAUAUGACAAAAAUAAAUUCAAGAAUACGAAGUGUUGAUUUAAAUGAAACAGGUUGUGGAUUUUCUACCUCAAAUCUGGCCUUAAAAGUUAAUAAGCCAUUUAAACCACCGAGAAUUGUUUCAAAUAUAAAUAAUGUUUCUAAUAGACCAAAUAUAAGGAAUUCAAGGGUUAAGAAUGAAAUUGUUGAUAGCACUUUGGUUAAUAAGAAUAAUACUAAUAAGAAUGGUAUAACAGCUAACAGCUCGCCCCUAUUAAAAGUUCACAGUGCAAUAAUACAAGAUGCUUCAACUGUUAGAACGUCUGAUGAAUACGUAAAACAUACUAAUAAUAACAUAUUCAAAGAAUCAUCAGCUAUCAAGCAAAAAAUUAGUAAAAUAAAUUUUAACAAAAGACCUUUUUUUAAAACGAAAAUGAUUAAUCAUACUCCAAUCAUUCUACCUUAA